AUGAAGUGGAGCACAUAUCGAAUUCUUGGCUUGAGGCUCAUCGUCAUUGUCAGCGCAAACGACGAGUUCACGCCAGUUGGCAGUUUCCAGCAGGGCUUGGAUCCCUCUGCCAAGUCUACUGGAAUGAGAAAUGAGGACAUUGACUUCAAUGAACUUGAUGAAUGGCUUUCUUGGCAGAAAACUAGCCAAUCAUAUCUAUCCGAACCAAACGGCCAGUUAGCCAUUUCAGCAGUGGAACACACGCCUGCAGACCUCUCGUCUCAAUUCCACAAAGCCUCCGAAAAAUGUGCAAUCAAAUCGCCCAGGGAUUCUUUGGUAGCCCAUUGCGACAGCCAGAAAUCGUGUGGCGGGAGCUUGCACGUGGAGGUGGAGACAGAUUCAACAAGAUCACCACAAGCCGUCUUUGCCCCUGGCUUGACUGGCACAGCUGCAACCGAUCAAGGCGUAGAUGCUCAUGGCUAUUCUGGGAGACCCUAUGACAUGUUGGAAGAUUUCGAACAGCUUCAAAAUCUUGAUGAGAUCUUUGACCUCCUAGAUAAUUGUGCGCUAUUUCCCUAUGAUAGAUUCACCAAAACCCAUACUGAUAUCCAAUCACUUCUCUCCGAAAUCUGA